AUGUCUACAAAGUAUGAAGCCGCCCACCAGGCUCCCAAUGGUCCCGGUGAUGCUCGACCCACAGCCCAGCAGAUCCUUGAGGACGAGCAGCUUCAGGGAAAGUGGUCUGACAAGACCAUCUUGAUUACGGGUACCUCCUCUGGAAUUGGAAUUGAAACCGCCAGGGUUCUCUUGGAAACUGGUGCUACAGUCUACCUCACUGCACGAAACCUCACCAAGGCAAAGUCUGCCCUCGGAAGCAUCUUGGAUAAUCCUCGUGCUAAGCUUCUGGAACUCGAUCUCAACUCGCUAGCAAGCGUCCGCAAAUGUGCCGUUGAAUUCUUGAAAGAAUCCGAUAAGCUCAACAUCGUGAUCGCCAAUGCAGGCAUCAUGGCGAGCCCAGAAGGUCGGACUGAGGAUGGCUUUGAGUUGCAAUUUGGCACGAAUCAUCUUGCACACUUUUUGUUGAUCCAACUCCUGCUUCCAGCGCUGGUCAAGUCGAGUACACCUGACUUCCAGUCGCGCGUCGUGGUUCUCUCCUCUUCAGCUCAUCGUAUGGGGGGUGUCCACCUUGACGACUUCAACUUGGAGGGAAAGUACAAUCCAUGGGUUGCUUAUGCCCAGAGCAAAACCGCCAAUCUGUAUACCGCUUCCGAGCUUGAACGUCGAUACGGGGGACAGGGGGUCCAUGCAUUUUCAGUCCAUCCGGGCGUGAUCAUGACAGGCCUGUCACAGUUUUUACCCGAAGAAGCAUUGAAGUCCUGGGCAGAUAACCCGAAAACUGCAACCCAUACGAAGAGUGUUGAGCAGGGCGCGGCUACGUCGGUUUGGGCAGCCACGGCAAAGGCUUUGGAAGGAAAGGGUGGUCUUUACCUUGAAGACGCCCAGAUUUCGAAGCCAGCAAAGCCCACUGAAGAUCUGUUUGAUCCUGGCUAUGCGCCGCAUGCCUAUGAUGAGGAGAAGGAACGGUUGUUAUGGGAGAAGUCUCUAGAGCUGGUAAAGCCUUUCUUGUCUUGA